AUGGGGUCUUCCCGACUAGCGAUGAGGUCGGCCCUCGGGCUAUUCUUCCUUCUUUUUGUGCAAAUAUCUUUGGCGCUCAAGUUCGAUAUCGCUGCUGGAAAGGGCGAACGAUGUAUUCGCAACUUCGUCCUGAAAGACCAGCUUGUCGUUGUUACUGCCAUCGUGAGCGGCGAGAGGGGGGAUGGUCAGAUGGUCAACAUGCAUAUCAAGGAUUCAAUGGGCAACGACCACGGAAGACCGAAGGAUGUGAUCGGUGAGACUCGUCAGGCGUUCACAUCUGCUGGAGACACUACCUUUGACGUUUGCUUCGAGAAUACGCUGGUUUCCCGCCGUGGAAUCUCGAACCCGCACCGAUCGAUUGAGCUGGACGUCGACAUCGGUGCCGACGCUCGUGACUGGUCAAACAUUCAGGCCCAGGAGAAGCUCAAGCCGAUUGAGACCGACCUUCGCCGCAUUGAAGAGAUCGUCGCUGAAGUUGUUAGUGAGAUGGAAUACCUCCGCGCUCGUGAGCAGAAGCUGCGGGACACCAAUGAGAGCACGAACGAGCGUGUGAAGUGGUUCGCUUUCGGCACAAUGGGCAUGCUGGUCGGACUCGGUGUCUGGCAGGUUAUUUACCUGCGGGCUUACUUCCGAUCUAAGCACCUUAUUUAG